AUGAAUGACAUUCUACUAGGGUACUUGGAAAAACCAGGGAGCCACAUAGUUUUGGAUUCUAGGUAUUUUCCUUCAAAGUUUGGAGGAAAGCCUGCUUGGCUUAACCCUCAGAACCUUCCUAAGUACAGAGAUUUGCAAUGUAACAGUUGUGGAACAAGAAUGAGGUUCUUAUUGCAGGUUUAUGCGCCUCAGGAUGAUCGAGAAGAUCUAUUUCAUAGAAGUGUUUUUGUAUUUAUAUGUACAAAUUGUACUUGUAGUGUUCAAGCAUUCCGUUGUCAACUCCCUCGAAAAAAUGAUUAUUACGACUAUAAUCCAGCUCCAACCUCCUUUCUUUUUGAAAAUAUCAGCCCCGAGAAAGUUCUUUCUGAGCUUAAGGAGUUGAAUUUUAAUGAUGUUUGCAAUAUAUGUGGGAUGCCUUUAUCUGUUGAGUCUAAGGAACAAGGAUCUAAUGUUCACGAUAAAUGUAAUAAAGGUGAUUCUGGAGGGAGCAGAGCAGUAUUAGAUGAGUUCAGCCUAGAUAUUGAGAUAUGCUCAACAGACGAAGAAGAUGAGGAAGAUGAGGGAGACGAAGAUGAUCAGGAAGAAACUGAUAAUGAUGGCGGUGAAGAUACUCCAGACGAAGAGAUGAUACCCACAAUUAGGGAAAACAGUACUAGUAAUGAAGAAAUACCAGGUAAAUCUGAUAACAUUAAUCACAAAGCUAUAAAGUUAGAACAAGAGCAGAGAAUUGAAAAUGAAAAACAACACUUUGAGAACGUUAAUAGACAAAUCAUAGAUCCCAAGUCAUCAGAAUACAAGCUAUUCCAAGAUUAUAAAAACAAAUUUUCUGAAAAUAUUGAUAACGUUUUGGACCACUCUGAAAUGAGGGCCUUUGGAAAGAUAUCAAACUCUAACGCAGAAAAAGACGCUAUUUUUGACAAGUUCAUAAAUAAAUCAAGAAAGUAUCCUGGUCAUAUUAUUAGAUAUAGCCACAAAGGGUCGCCUUUGUGGAUCUCUGAUAAAAAUAUCCCCGCAGAAAUUCCUCAUAGCUGUCCUCUCUGCAAGUCAAGCCGAAUUUUUGAAUUUCAAAUUCAGCCGGAAGCCAUUGUUUUAGGAAAUCUUCCAAGCAAAAUAGAAUUUGGAGUUAUUGCAAUAUUUACAUGCUCCAAUAACUGCCAAAUCGAUAAUUAUGCUCCAGAAUAUGUUCAAAUUCAAAAUAAUCCAUAUUAA